AUGGAGAGAGAACCUAAUUCAAGUUUCCAGUUUCCCCCUGGUUUCCGGUUCCAUCCUUCUGACGAAGAGCUGAUAGUCCAUUACUUGCAAAAGAAAGUAACGUCACAUCCACUCCCAGCAUCCGUGAUCGCUGAGAUAGAUCUGUAUAAGUAUAAUCCAUGGGAGCUACCUAAGAAGGCUUUGUUUGGAGAAGAAGAAUGGUACUUCUUCAGUCCAAGAGAUCGUAAGUACCCAAACGGAGUAAGGCCUAAUAGAGCAGCAGCUUCAGGUUUUUGGAAGGCAACUGGAACUGACAAGCCUAUUCUUACUUCCUGUGGAUCAAAAAGCAUUGGGGUGAAGAAAGCUUUGGUCUUCUAUAUUGGUCGGCCUCCAAGGGGAGUGAAGACUGAAUGGAUCAUGAAUGAGUACAGAUUGCUCAACACAAUGAACCGACCAGGGUCAAGGUCAAAAGGAUCCAUGAGAUUGGAUGAUUGGGUACUAUGCCGGGUCCGCCAUAAAGGCAACAUGCCAAAGAACACAUGUGAAGGUCAAGACAGUCCUAGCACAGAAUUGAUAAGCUACUUACCAAAGAUUGAGGAGCAACAACCUAUGCAUACAAAGCAUAAUGACAUGGACACAGGUUAUCUCUACAAUCAUUGCCAAUUAAUAGCUUCCAUACUUGCUGGUCAUCCUCUUCCUCAUAAUGAAACCAUUUCUAAUGUAACCUUCAAAGGGAGCAACAACAGCAAUAGCCAUGGUUCAGUUCAUGAAGAUGUUUCAGAUAAAGUGAAUUUGCCAAUUACAGUUUCUUCCUUUGACAGUUUUUUCAACCCAUUGAAUGGGAACUCCACAGAGAAACAUAGGUACGAAAAUCCCCCUCCAUCUCAGAAGAUGCUAACUAGCAACAAUGAAGAUGAGAGUCUUUCACCUCACAAGACAUCAACCAACAAUCAUAUGAAUUUCCAUAGCCAAAGCCAGUCUCAAGUCAGCAUCAUCAAUUCUAAUCCCUCAAAUCCCAUCUGCUUACAGAAGCCUAAUCAUGUGCUUCACAGACAGAUAUCUACAGUAAUGAACUGGCCCUUCACAGAAGGUAAUGGUUCUUAA